GCUAAAUUCAAAAACUCUAAAACAGAACUGUUUAGUAAUCUAGAGGAAAAAAAUCAUUAAAAUAAUUUAAUAAUCUCAACGAAAUCAACACCUUUUCAACAUGAACAACGUAUCAUCGCUGAUGUUUUCAACAUUGCUGGUGGUCCUGUUGACGGUGACGUCACAUGUUGAAUGCAGACCACGUGACCAUAUGGCAGAUCGUACCAACAAACCAAUGAAAUCAAAUACUGAGUUAAUAACGGAGGAAACAAACACUGAAGAUGAUGAAAACAAAACCAGUGAGGUACAAGAAACCUUUUCAUUUAUCUUCGAUAGACAACCCCAGCCAGUGAAAAACUCAUCAGACCCUCAAUCCCAGAUGUUUAUUUUUAACGCAUGCGUCAUGGCUUGCACGCACAAUUCAACCAGCGUACAAGUUUUCCACUUCUGUCACCGCGAGUGUCUCUCAAACCCCUACAAGUAUCCCAUCAGUGAAGACAGCCAGUCGGAUAUUCAGGCGGACGUACAAGUAGACAUUCAGGCAGAGAACUAUACAGAACUUGAUGAGGCCCAGCACAUAACCUCCCUUUUAAACGAAAUACUUGGUUGAAAAUCUAAAUUCAAGAAAAUAGACUUAAAGAAGGCAUGCAAACUCAAUAAAGAAAGGGAGACUACUUGAAGAAAUGAAGUUAAUAUUGAAAACACUACGCGGGGUUGUUUCCCCUUUAUCAUGACCUGCUCGUCGGAUUUUUCCGUGUGGUCAGGUUCACACAAAUAAACCGGAAGUACAUUAUUGUGUCACCGCAGGUGAGGACCUUGCAAGUGUCUAACGGGAAGAUUAGACACCUGGACAUGACCGGCUGUUUUCAAAACGAUCAGUGAGGAUUAAAUAUCAAAGAUUAGCGUAGGGGGAGUUAAUUCACAGUGUAUAUAAUAAUUUUUCAAAAGGCUAAAAGGAUUUUUUUUCAGCCGAUUAGCCGUAUCGACAUGUUCUUAUACUUAGUGCCUAUCCUUAAGUGUAUAUAACUAAUAGAUAAUAAGUGUUUACGUGUACGUCUGUGCUAUUGUAUUCCUAUUAUUUUUCUCUGCAGAAAAUGUCUGUUAGUAAAAUACGUGACUAGUGAAUGUUAAAUCUGUUGUCAAAAUAAAUUGUCUCUUUACUU